AGUCGGGUCGCUCUCGGGGCCUCGGCCUCGUGUGAAGUGCUGCAGCGGGGUUGGAGGUGGGGGUGAGGGCGCCGAGCUCCAUGAGGGCCUUCAUUUGGCUUCAGUCUCAGGGAAUGACGCCUGGUUAAUGUUCUAUUUUGUGGAUGGAUUCACCGGGCAAGUCUGCUGCCCUGAAUGGGGAAGAGAGCACUUCAGCCCCCAGUGAGUCUGGAGCUGGGCCUGAACGCAAGCCCUGUCCCGGUGAGGAGAAGUGGGAUCGUAUGAAGUAUUGCCGGUCAUCCAAGAAGCAUGAAGAGGUCUCACCGCCACUAUCUGAGAAGCUAGACUCCAGCUCAUUGGCAAGAAAACAAGAUCAGUUGUCACCUAAGAGACAGGAGCAGGUAGAAAAGUCCCCACGGAAAAGUAAAACCCAUCGGAAGGUUGGACAGAGACAUGCACAUUUUCUUCAUGGCCCAUCACCUGAUACACAUUUUGGACCCAAAGCCUCCAUUCUGCAGAACUCCACCAGCAUCGUGCAUAUUCAGGAUCCAACUAGUCAAAGGUUGACUUGGGACAAACCACCGACGAACGUACUGGUCAUCAAAAAAGUCAAGGAUGAAGCUCUUCUGGAGCCAUUCAAGGAGUUGUGCACUUUUCUCAUUGAGGAGAAACACUUGGUUGUAUUUGUUGAGAAGAAGGUGGUGGAUGAUGCAGCGCUCGCUAAGGAUGUAGACUUUGAGCGCAUCAGACAGCAACUUAGCCCCUUCCGAGAAGGUUAUGAUGAGCUUUCGGGCUGCAUAGACCUAAUUAUUUGUCUUGGUGGUGACGGCACGUUGCUCUAUGCUUCCUCACUCUUUCAGACCAGUGUCCCGCCUGUUAUGGCAUUCCAUCUUGGCUCACUUGGAUUUCUCACUCCAUUUAAAUUUGAGUCCUACAGAACAGAAGUAACCAAUGUAAUUAAAGGAGAUGCCAGGAUAAUUUUGAGGAGUCGCCUGAAGGUGAAGGUGGUUAAGGAUUUAAAAGCAGCAAAGCCAGAGAGCAAGUACCAAGUGGAGGAUAAUGGACUGAUCCCACAGAGUCGGAUUGACAAUGAGACACAAAAAGCCUUCAUGCAGAUACAUGUACUGAAUGAACUGGUUGUGGAUCGAGGCCCUUCUUCAUACCUCUCCAACGUGGACUUGUACUUGGAUGGGAGACUCAUCACUUCUGUCCAGGGUGACGGAGUCAUCGUGUCUACGCCCACUGGUAGCACUGCAUACGCUGCAGCUGCAGGUGCCUCUAUGAUGCACCCUAAUGUCCCGGCCAUCAUGAUCACACCCAUCUGCCCACACUCCCUUUCGUUCCGACCCAUCGUAGUACCGGCUGGAAUGGAGCUAAAGAUAAUGUUGUCACCUGACACCAGGAAUGCGGCGUGGGUGUCAUUUGAUGGAAGGCGGAGACAGGAAAUACAACACACCGACAGUAUUACAGUAACAACAUCCUGCUACCCAGUGCCAUCCAUCUGCUGUCAUGACCUUGUGUAUGACUGGUUUGAUAGCCUUGCCGAGUGCCUACACUGGAACGUCCGCAAAAAGCAGUCGCGCUUUGAAGAAAUCACGGAUUCUUCAGACACUGAAUGUUAGUCCGAGGUGCACGUUCAUUUCCCCCUAUAUCACUCUCCUUGCUAUUUCCCUUAAAAAAUAAAUCCUAACCCCCUUGAGUUAGGCUGAAAGGGUAUGCAUCCCAUUCACAUUAAUUGGAAGACUACCAGAGUAAUAUUUGAUCAGCUACAAUUAUUUUGUCUUCCUCUCUCUGGAAGCCCCCUUCCAUGCCCAAUUCCUAGUACCUUCGUCACCCUGAAGAAAAGAAAAUUCCUGCAGUCAGAAAACCGGGAAAGAUGGUGAAAAUGCAUCAGCUCCCUUCACUCGGGACUGGAAUUUGGAUAUUACUGCUUUCUUGCCUUUCUUUCAAGGUGCCUUUAUAAGCAAGUUAGCAGAUUUUACGGAAUGCAUCCUCGCUGCAGAUGUAAUGUUAAAAAUGGAAUAUGACAGUUUCACCCGAGACAGAAGAAUGGAAUGAAGUAUCACUCCAGAGACCUGAAGACAGUCUCGUCCCAUUGCUGAGGAGGUGCUGCAGAGUCAGACCAUCGUUUUGGAUGUGUUGGUAAGCAAAGGUCCCAUGUUCUCUCUUGCGGGCAUAAAAAUUUGUUGUUACUUUGAAUUACAGAUCUUUCUCCAUUGUCCUACCAACAUUUGCUUCCCUAUUGACCAUGAUUGAAGCAGAUUCACCAUUGUUGCUGUUUAUGGGAUCUUUUAGAUUGAUUUCUCUAUUUACCACAGAGACGACACCUGAAGAAGGAACCUGAUUUGGAUAUAUAUUGGAAUCUCCAGUGAUUAUAAGCCAUGCUAUUGAAAUGCAUAUUUAUUUUUAGCCAAGACAUUACUUCAAGUCUAAUGCUUGCGACAUCAUUACUGACUGGCACAGUUGAAGUUUAUUUCCAGUUGCUGAAUGAAGGGAAGUUGGCCAUUAUUUUGUUUCCCAAGUUUCAGCAUUCCAGGAUGUUAAAAUUUGCCACUUUGGAUGGAGAGGUGUAACUACAUUGUCCCUUUGGCAAAAAUAGAAAAUAAUAUCUAGGAAAGAUACUAUUUCAAAAUGGUUAUUUUUGAGGCCUAUCAUUAGUUUGCAACUUAGUCAAGUGAGACUUGUUGCGAAAUUGGCAGCCUAUAUUCCUUGGCUUGUUUUCUUAAAGUUAAUUCAUUCAAUUGCCCCACAUUUAAGUGCGGAUGAGUUCAGGCUGCAAUAUCAGCAAACCAAUCUUUCCUGGGGAAUUCAAACUUCAUUCCUGCCCAGUCUGAUGGGAUACAGUUAUCUUCACUAGCCUAUGUGGCUUUUGCCUGAAUGGAGAUUUCACCUGGUUUAAUUUCCAUUGUGCAUGUCUACAACGUAAUUCGUCAGUCUUGGAUCCAACUUGUGGAUGAUCGUUGUUCUGAGAGCAGGGACGAGGGCAAAGGAGGAGCUAUGCAUUGGGGCUACAGUGCUAAAUGCCCAACAGCUAGCAAACACUGCAUUUCGGGUGAUGAUCAAAAUUCAAUGUUUGCACCCUUUAACUUAAGGAGGUCAAACUAAAAUAAUUUCCAGCUGUAAUUGACAUUAAUGUUCCCAAUUUAACUUACAGAUAAUAUGUCAAAGAGAACCAAAUUCAAAAAUAAUAUCUACAUUUUCAUAAUGGAUGAAUGCACAGGAUAGUGAGGUAGAUAUUGAACUUGGUGCAGAUACACCCAUAACAUUAAAACAGUUUACAUUUCCAGUUUAAGUAUAUGGAAUAUU